AUGUGUAAUACAAGACAAAGGUUUUUAGAGGAUGUGCUUGAGGAGGGUCUUCAUAUUCUCUUCGGGGAGGAUUCAAGUGUGUUUGGUUCUGAGACAAAUGAAAUACAGAUGGAGUCAGUGAUGGAGGGAGAUUCUGUCCUUUUACACACUAAUGUUACUGAAGUUCAUGAUAAUGAUGAUGACAUAUUGUGGACAUUUGGAGCUGAAAAGUCUUUGAUAGCUCAAAUCAGUAGAGCAGCUGGAAUCUUCAACACGUCUGAUGGUACUGAUGGGAGAUUCAGAGACAGACUGAAGCUGGACAAACAGACUGGAUCUCUGACCAUCACAAACAUCACAACUGAACACGCUGGACUCUAUGAAGUAGAAAUAAAUGGAGAAAAACUGUCAACAAAAACAUUCAGUGUUUCUGUCUUUGCUCAUCUGCCUGUUCCGGUCAUCAGCAGUAACUCUUCAAACUGUUCUUUAUCAUCAUCAUCUUCAUCACAGCAGAAUUGUUCAUUGUUGUGUUCAGCGGUGAAUGUGGGUCAUGUGACUCUCUCCUGGUACAAAGGAAACAGUUUAUUGUCCAGCAUCAGUGUGUCUGAUCUCAGCAUCAGUCUCUCUCUACCUCUGGAGGUGGAAUAUCAGGAUAAAAACACCUACAGCUGUGUGCUCAACAAUCCCAUCAGCAACCAGACCAGACAUCUGGACAUCAGUCGACUCUGUCACACAUGUGCAGGUACAACAGUCAUGAUAUUAGCAUUUAUGUACACAUUCACUCACAUUAAUGUCUCUCUUUUACUCUCCUUCUCAACCUAGGUUCUGUAUCUCAGA